GCUCCGUGCAGCGGUGGAGCUCUCUCGGCUCACGUCUCAAGGCUGAACUUCAAGGAUGCAAUCAGUCCGCAACUGAAAUCAAGAAACAGCAAUUGACCGCCCAGCACAGUCAAUUGCACAUCAAGAUGGGACACCCCGUAGAAGAACCGCCUCGCAAGGCGACCCGCGAGGAGAUGCGUGAUGCCAUGCUCCCGCUGGCAUACCGAGACAACUGCGCCAACCUCCUGAUCCCCCUCAACCGAUGCCGGAAGGACACGUACUACCUGCCAUGGAAGUGCGAGAACGAGAGGCACAGCUACGAGAAGUGCCAGUACGAUGAGUUCAAGCUCCGGGUGAAGAAGAUGGACGAGCUCCGCGAGGCCAAGGGUGGUGCCAGGAGCAACUAAGGAUGGCUUGGGACGAGGGUACGAGGAACUGGCUGGGGUUGCGAAUGAGCUCACCCCGGUGAGCGCUGUAAAUAUAGCUACGGGACGGGACAGACGGUCGCUUCGGGACGCCGCCAGCAAUCCAAAGAUCGAUUUGUCGGCACCGGAAAGUUACUACUCAAACGCACCGUGCGAGAUGACGUGAAAGACGGACCAGUUUGCUGCAGGCUGUCAGACUUGUGUGCGGCAUCGCCUAGAAGGACAUUGGAUAUGCGU